AUGGAGGCACUCGCCGGUCUCGGUCUUGCCGGCAACGUCGUCCAGUUUGUUCAAUUCGCGACCACGUUAAUAUCGGCGGGUGUUGAAAUCUCCGACUCGCUCCAAGGCGCGACGCGUCAAAUUAUCGAGUUGGAAAAGAUAUAUACCAGGCUCAGCGUGUUUACCUCGGAGCUCCGGAAGCCCAAGAGUGAUGCUUGUUCAGAUACGUAUUUGCAACGCUUGGCCGCUAGCCUAAGCAGUGUCAGCCAGGAAUCCGAUCUGGAGCUGCAGACACACAUUCGAUCGCUCGAAGACCUAGCUGAUGAUUGUAAGCUCGUCUGCGGCCAAUUGCUGGAUGUCCUGCGGGCUCUUCGUGUUGAUGGGUCGAGCCGCCGCCCGUUCAAGUCGUUCAUGGCUGCGUUGAAAACCGCCUGGAGCAGCAAGAGGAUACAAGCGCUUGAAGAUACCCUUCGACGGUUUCAAAGCGUCAUAUCCCUUCACUUCUUCCCACUUCUAAGAUUGAGGGAUGAAGGCGCCAAACUGAGGGUGGACCAGUCUACAAAACUUGAUGCCCUUGCUGAAAGACUCCAAGCCCUGCAGCAGGAGCUUCGAUGGAGACCACCAACAGCAAUGAAACGCACCCCCUCAGUCCCCUUUACUCGAACCUCCACUGGCAGUACGGCAUUGCCCUCCGACACCGGCAAUCUCCUAGAUGACUCGGUUUUGCCUCUGUCCACUCCUCACGGCCCUUCCCUCACCGAAAAUGAUAUCAAGCAACUAGAGGAUGGGAUUUCAACUCUACUGCUAACUCAGAAGGAUUUAGCCCUCAUGGCGAAAGAGCAGGCCUUCCUGAGAAGCCUAAAUUUCGCAUCUCGAACUAAUCGUUUUGAGGAUAUCCCAAUUGCGCACAAGGACACAUUCCAAUGGAUUAUAGACCCCUCUCUGCCCUCGUCGCCACUGUCCACGUCAUCGCAAGUGGAUGACGUUGAGGCUCAACGUCGCCAUUCUCUAUGUCGGUGGCUCCGUCAUGAGAAUGGAAUAUUCUGGAUAUCUGGAAAGGCCGGGUGCGGCAAGUCGACACUCAUGAAAAUGAUAGCCGGCCACGAUACGACUCGUCAGCUUCUUGAGCAAUGGGCGAGCCCUAAGAAGAGCGUCAUUGCAGCCCACUAUUUCUGGACGGCAGGUUCGGCCAUGCAAAAUUCUCAACAGGGACUCAUCCAGACUCUGCUUUACGAUAUAUUUCGCAUGUCUCCAGAGCAGAUUCCUGAACUGAUGCCUACCCGAUGGGCGAAGCUGGAGCAGCAGUCUACUACAGAAACAGCGGAUGCAGGGGGAGAGUGGACCAUGCCCGAACUCCUACACACGCUGCAGCAGCUUUCGUCUAGCCGGUCCCUGUCAGCGCGAUACUGCAUAAUUAUCGACGGCAUUGACGAGUUCGACGGGGAUCAUUUCGAAAUGUGCGAGUUCCUGAAGAGUUUGUCCAGUUCACCGAAUUUUAAGUUUUGCGUCUCUAGCCGGCCGUGGAACGUCUUUGAGGAUGCCUUUGGUGGAAAUCCGUCGUCCCGAAAAGUAUGCGUCCACGACCUCACGCGACGAGAUAUUUUGGCCUUCGCGCAGAGUCGCAUGGCGGAACACCCCCGGUGGAAGGAACCGUACUUUUCUGCCGCUCAGAUGGACGGCAUCAUUCAGAACAUCACCGAGAGGGCACGGGGUGUGUUUUUGUGGGUAUUCCUGGUGACGCGGUCGCUUCGAGACGGGCUUGUGAAUGGAGACACAAUGCUCGAUUUGCAGAAGAGGCUCGAGAGCCUGCCAAUGGAUCUUGAAGCCUUCUUCAGACACAUGAUGGACACUAUUGACCCGAUCUACCAUGAGAGGAUGGCGCGAGUCCUGAGCAUUGCCGUAAACGCCAAGGAGUCGUUGAGUCUCCAGUUCUACUACAUGCACGAGUUCGAGGAAGAAGAUGUAGACUAUGCCUUGCACAAGCCAGUUGAGUGGUAUUUCGUUGAUCAGAUAGAAGACUCCCUCGAGCAGUGCCGGCGCCGGAUUAAUGCGCGAUGCGGCGGCCUCCUCGAAGUUAAGGACCAUCGAGUUGAAUUUCUGCACCGCACGGUGAGGGACUUUCUCCUAACGCGCGACAUGAGCGAGUAUCUACGUCAAAAGAGUGGUUCCGAUUUCCGAGUCAGCCUAUCGACCCUCAGGGCUUUUAUUUUUCUGUUCCGGUUUUGGUCUCACUCGAACGAGGAGACGCGUCUGACGGCCGAAUUUCCACGAUGGAACUGGAACCAGGCAAUGGCAUAUGCUAAUGACGCUAUUAAAGAAUCUAAAGAAGCCUCUUUUGCCUUGCUUGAUGCCGUCAAUGAUCAUUAUAUGAGCUUUCCUUUCCCCAACGACCGCACGGCCCUAGGUGUCGAGACACACCACGCCUUUCUCUCUUCACUCCUCAUAGCAGGUGUCGAAGAGUACGUUUGUGCGAGGUUGGAUGACGACGUGUGGCUCUUUGGAAAUCUCGAGGGUUCUCCAAUCUGCGAGAUCAUCGACCGCGCGAGGUGGGACGCCCAUCACGCCAAUAUCAUUACCAGCCUUCUGGCCUCUGAUCUGGACUGUGACAUCAAUCAGGACUACGAUCCCUACAAACUUUACGAUUUUCAAUCUUCCGAUGACGAAAUCAAGGAAGAAGAAGAUCCCUUAUUACUAGCCGGUGGCGGGCAGGUUCUUGGUGACGAUGGUGGUGAAAAUCCCGACGAAGCAGCAAGCGGGAUUGGGAAAGAACGCGUAGACAUGCUUAGUAGCUACGAUGGUAUUGAUAGUGAGGACGACGACACCGACGCCGGCUCUCUCUCCCCGUGGCACCGGUUACUGCAUCGAGUGUAUCACAACCGAGAUGACGUCUCGUUGAGGACUGCGGUCGAAAACUCACUCUUCUCGAUAUUCCUUCAACACGGCGCUCGCAAAGAAGCCCGGCUCAAGGAAUCGGGCUGGCUCCCUUGCACCCACGUUGUCGUAGGCAUGAUUCGCAACCGGGAAAGCUACAAGUUCGGCCGCCAGUGCGUUACUGUGUUGGACCAGUUCCUUCUGGGAGACGCGUCGGACGUCAGACUCCACCACGAGAACAGAGGCGAUCCCAGUUCGUCGCAGAGGUCUUACAGAGAUUAA